GAGAGCGCAGCGCCAAAGCACCAUCUCAAGCAGAGGGAAGGCGGGCGGCGGUGCAGCCAGAGCCCCAAGGUCUCGAAACGGACAGCUCGUAGCACCCUUUGACGAGUCAAAAGCGACGAAGCGGCGCCGAGCCCAUUCAACGCCAAGCACAGUGGCACCAGGGCAGCCCCGCGCCCCGCAAGCAUGGCCGAGGUAGUAGAACCGCUGCCCCUCGCCGACAAAGAUGGAACGGCAACACCCUCACAAUUGGACACGGGCCGCAGCGAGGACGUCGCCGCUUUAUUAGGUGAUGUGGACACCGAUCUGGACAAGCUCGGGCAAUUGUUAGGUGUGGACGGCGCCGUGCGUCGCAAGGCCUCGAAAAGGGUGAAGCGGGCCUUUGGGGUCACAACCUCAAAACAACUUUCGGAUGCGUUGGCCGUGGCCUUGCAGGCGCAAGCUUCUAGACAUGAAGCGGAGUUGCGACGAGUCCGAGAGGAAGGGAACCAAGCUUUGGAGAAGCUACGAGCCGAUUUAGAAGCUAGAAUAGACGCCAUGAACGCCGGUUUAUCGCCGGAGGAGGCUGCAUUAGAAGCGGAAAGACGAGCAGCAAGAGAAGCUCGGCUCGUGACCAUCGAGUCGCGAUUGGACGCGUUGGCGCACAAUUUAUCAGGAUUCGCGGACAACCAACAACGACUGGCGAAGCAGGAAGAAGAACGCGCCGCGUACCGAGAGAAAGUUGAGGCGCGCGCGGAAGAUAAGCCAGCUCCGGCUAGAGAACAAAGUGGCGAGGACCUCGGGUUCGGGUUUAGGACCGAUGGGACACCUAGAAAUCCAGCGGCCAUGCAACGAUGGCACCGCGCCUUCGACUACAUCAAGUCGAAACGCAAACUCAACAAAUACGGCUGUUCCGUUAGAUGUGCCCCUCGGCAUUCCGUCGCCAAUCGGUUGGCGGACAUGGAGAAGACGAUGAUGGAGCUCAAGACGCACAUUGACUAUUUGGAGCACCAGGAGGCGCCCGUGGUUGUCUCAGGUGAUUCGGGCGAGGCACUACAAGCUUUGAGUCAAAAAUUGGAACGGUGCUUCGAUAGAGUAGCGGCCGCGGAGAAUUCCAUCGACACGACGAACGAAGCGCUUGGGAUUGCCAGGGAGCAAUUAGCCGAGGCCCAACAAAGAUCUGCGGAGCUCGCGGCCCAAUCUCAAGCCUUAGGUGAACAAUUGGGAGAGUUCAACGACGAGCUAAGCGUGACGAAGACGCAGUUGGGUUCCCAGAUUGACACGACGAAGACGCAGCUCGAUGUGACCAAGACGCAGCUCGGUGAACAGAUCGGAGAGUUCAACGAUGAAUUAUCUGUCACAUCAACAGCUCUGGGAGCCCUGACGGCCGUGAAGCACGACACGUUUGCGGAGAACAUCUUGACCUUAGUUGCGGAGAACGCCGCGAGGCUGGGGCUGACCGGCGGCGAGGGCGCUCCCCCGUACAAUGAUCAACCACUGACGAAACGCGUCGAAACGCUGGAGGAGACGGUCGCCGGUCAUGCAGCGCACUUCGAAGCGUUGGAUGCGGAGGCGCAACGGGCUCGCGACUCGACGGAGCUGCAAGAGUUAUUAGGAAGGGUGGUCGAGGUCGAGAAUAGCAUCGGGACGACGAACGAAGCCCUGGGCAUCGCGAAGGAGCAGCUCCACGACUCACUGAACCAAAAGUCGCAGCAGCUCAACGCGGAGAUCGCCUCCAGUAAAGCAUUGAUAGAUGAGAAGAUCGACAGCACAAAAACGGCGCUAGGUGAACAGGUGUCGAUGGUCGACAAGCAACUCGGCGGCCUCUCAACAACGAUAGAGGGUUUCAAUGAUGACUUAAGUGUGCAAACGGAGGCCGUGGCCACGCUGACGGCCGUCAAGCACGACGCGUUCGCGCAGAACAUCCUCGACUUGGUCGCGGAAAAUGCGGCUCGACUGGGCCUAAUCGGGAACGCGCCGCAGAAGGUCGACGAGCGGGCCCUGCAGAGGAAGUUCAUGGAGUCGUUAGCGACGAUCAACCUGGUCACUGCACAGGACGACAAUUUCGUCAUGUCCGAGGGCGUGAAGCGGGCCGUGGACUUUGUGGAUGCCGAGACGCAGGACUCGACGGCGCGCUCAAGGUGCGAUGAACUUUCGACGAGCAUCGAACAGCUCGAGGCAGCACUCAAAGAAGCUGUGGCCGCGCGCGACGCCGCACUACGGCAGGAGUCUGCAGAGAGACGGAAGCAGGACAAGGCCCAGAGUAAAGAGAGGGCCAAGGACGCCGUUACGGCGAGGGACGCGGCCGUCGCCGCCGCCGCGUCCUACUCAGCAAAGUCAGUAGCUCUCGCGGGCGAGAAUGCCGAAAGUCUGGUGGACGCGCGCAUGGCCGCUGCUUUAGAAGUCAUUUCGAGGGACAUGCUCAAGGGGUCUGGUGUUUUAGGUGAGAGGGUCUCGGCGGUGGAGAAGACCGCCAACGAAGCUUUAUCGACGGCCAAUAAAGUUGAUAAUGGUGUGCCUCUGUUAAUAAACGAUCAGAAGAAGCGCGAAAAGGAGCUCUGGGACUUCUGUAGGAGCGAGUUGUGUCGGAGCGGCUGGUUCGAGGAACGGCUGAAUAGAUUAGCUACCGCUGUGGAUCAAAAACCUGAUGAGGCGCGCGUGAAGAUGCUCCUGCGGAAGCUCGACGCUACUCUCAGAAUGCACUGCGGUGAUGGGGCUGCUUUAUCUCUCUUAGUUGAGAGAAUACAUGGGGAAGUCAGUCGCAAGCUCAACCGGAAGGACGUCAUUCGAAUUGUGGAAGCUUCCAUCGACGAAUGCGAAAAACGCCUGGAGAAGGUGGCCAAGGCCGGCGGCGGCGCGCGGAUCAACGCGUUUUUGCAUGAUGCUACUUUACCACAAAAAGGACUGCCGCCCGGCGCCACGUCCGCGACGCUCGGGCGGUCUACCACCUUGGCGCGGCCUCGCACGGUCGCGCAAACCACCGCAACGGCAAUCAGGCCCGACGCGGCCAAGGAGAUCUUCAGCGCGAUUGCCCAAAGUGUUACGGAGUCGAUGGACGCCGACUUGACAUCAGUGCAAUCUGGCAUGGAGCCCGCUGAACUAAAAAACGCAGCUAAGUGGGCCGCGAGUGCCGCCUCGGCGGCCGUCCUGGGACUGGCGAUACAGGACGUGGAGAAGCUGUCGACCAUAAGGGGACCCACCACCCAGCCCGUGCUAUUUCCUGGUCAAACACGUGCGAUGACGACCCAGGGACGGCCCGCGACGGCGACCACACCCGGCUUCACGGCACCGCCGUACGAUCCAAAUCUUGUGAAGCGCACGUUCGACAGUCCCCCGAACCAACUGGUGCUCGCGUCGUACCCGAACGGACGACCAGGGGCGUUGCGCCCGAUCAGCCUCGCGCCGCCCGAACAGGAGGACGACUUCGAGGACGUGCCGAUCGCGGAGCCCUACGUGCAGCCGUCGGCGAUGCCGAGCGGGGCGAUGAGCCCGCUGUCGCAGGGUCCCGCUGAUUAAUGCUUCCAUAAAGUCCUGAG